GCGCGCAUGCGCAGUGAAGAGGAAACUGCUGAGGUUCAAUUCAUCGCAAUGUGUGGCUGAGUCGGUUCGGGUGAGUCAAAGAGAGUGAACGAGAAAAAGCUAGCACACGCGAGAGAGUUUCGGGCUCACACUUCUGUCGGUUGCUAACCUGUGCGGGUGGACCUGCUGUCGGAAAAGGAAAGAAAGGAAGAAACGCCUGUAAUGAGGGUAGCGUCCAAAGAGCUGAUUUAAGUCAGAACAGGCGGUAAAAGUGCGCAGAGCAGAUCCGAGAUCAGCGAGCAGAGAAAAAGUGACACGUCCAGCAAGACCGAGUUGGUGGAUUUGCCCCGUAACGUCUAUAGUGUGGAAAAGAUCACAAAUAAGAAUACAUAAUGGCAGAUGCAGAUUUGGACUUCACGACAGGUGAUGCUGGGGCUUCCACCACUUACCCCAUGCAGUGUUCUGCCCUGCGCAAGAACGGCUUUGUAGUGUUGAAGGGUCGACCAUGCAAGAUUGUGGAGAUGUCAACUUCCAAAACUGGCAAACAUGGACAUGCAAAGGUCCACAUGGUUGGCAUUGACAUCUUCACUGGCAAAAAAUAUGAAGAUAUCUGUCCCUCAACUCACAAUAUGGAUGUCCCCAACAUCAAGAGAAUGGACUAUCAGUUGAUUGGCAUCACAGAUGGCUACCUGUCUCUGCUCCAGGACAGUGGUGAGGUCAGAGAAGACUUGAAAAUGCCGGAGGGAGACCUGGGCAAAGAGAUCGAGAGCAAGUAUGAGGCUGGAGAGGAGAUCCUGAUCAGUGUCCUGUCUGCAAUGAAUGAGGAGGCUGCAGUGGCCAUUAAAGCCAUGACUAAAUAAAACGCUGCAGUUGUACUCAAACCCUUUUGAUUUUCAUUCCGACUUGCUACCUUACUCCUGCCUGUUCUUCCUCCGCUUUCCCUUUCUCACUUUCUCUCAGGUAUUGGCAAGAUGCACUGGACCUGGACAGAAGGAGAGAAUUACGCCACAGCAAUGCUAUUCCCCUGUUUUCUCUCUUAUUUUUUAAUUCUUUGUUCCCUCCCAUUCUUUAUGUACUUUAGCCUGUCUUUGGGUUGAAAAAUUAGGAGAAAAAAAUAAUUGGAAAUGGUCGCAAAUGGACAAAUAUCUGUAAAUACACUGAAUAUACAUUAAUCAACAAUAUUUUGAAUGUAUAUAUUAGAGGAAGAAAAAGGCAGAAUGACACAUGAGCUCUGGCUUUGGGAACUGUAAAGGCACAUCAUAUGUAUUAUACUAACAUGAGUGUCUGUUCUCAUUUUGUCUUUGGCUUGUUUUUUUUUUCCCCCAUUUCCUUUUUAAUAUUUACAUUUGUCCCGAUUCUCACCCUUGCCAUUAUAAAUUGGGCUGUUGAGUAAGUGCAGAGGCCAGUUCCAAUACAGGCACUGUGGUAAAAGACAAGACGACCAUGUGUAAUAGGAUGUGGGGUGGUCUUUUCUCUCUUCACCCACUCCUUUAUCUUCUGGUAGUCACAAUAUAGAAGAUGGGGGAGCCAUCCUUAUAGAGUAAGCAAGUGUAUUUAGUGAGAAGUAAAAAGGUUAAUAAAAACGUCCUGUUUACACAUUUUCAAGCAUUAGCCUAAAUUUAAUCCUUUUUCAUGUAGAGGAAUGGUUUCACCGAAUGUUGAGAACUGUAGUCUUAAAUUGAUUUGUCUGAAUAAGGUCGUUGGUCGGGGAGGCACACUGUUCCUUUGCAAAAAACAAAAACAGGAGGAGUAUAGCAGGCAAAUUUUCUGGUCUCAAGAGAUAACCAUGAUGUAUAACUGUCAUUCCCUUACCACCAUUAAAGGGGUUGUUCUCCAAUGAUCACUGUAAUUUGGUGAAUCCCUAUUCCUAUGGGUUUGGCUCUCUUUGCUGGCUCAUAUCUGAAAACUUGGUGUUAAGGCAAUUUCUUUUUACUUUCAUAUUACCUAAGCAGAACUUUUGUUUGUACCCUGACUGUGAUAAACAGCUGUAUUAAACCAAGAAAUUCUCAUACCCUAAUAUUAAAAUGAGCGCCUAAGUGUUGCCUUUUCUGUU